AUGGAGGUUGAAUACCGUACUCAUUUAAUAGUUGUUUUAGAUGUGAAGCGCUUUUUAUUGAAGCAAGGUUUGGCUUUCCGUGGACAUGAUGAGUCCUUGAGCUCAUUGAACAAGGGCAAUUUCCUUGAGCUGCUUGAGUGGUAUAGCCUAAGGAAUGAUAAGGUUUUCAGGGAGGUCAAUCAAAAUGCUCCUGCAAAUAAUCAAAUGACUUCCCCAAAGAUUCAGAAAGAGUUAGCAAAUGCUUGUGCAUCAGAGAUUACAUGUGCUAUUGUUGAUGAUAUUGGAGAUAAGUAUUUUUCUCUUAUGAUUGAUGAAGCCCAGGAUGUGUCAGUGAAGGAGCAAAUGGGAGUUGUUUUGCGAUAUGUGAAUACAAAUGGGUAUGUGAUAGAGCGAUUCUUUGCUAUGGUUCAUGUACCGGAUACAUCAGCUAUUUCAUUGAAGAAUGCCAUUGAUUGUCUAUUUGCCAAACAUGGGUUAUCUCUUACAAGAUUGAGGGGACAAGGAUAUGAUGGGGCAUCAAAUAUGCGAGGAGAAUUCAAUGUGUUAGAUGUCCUCCAAAACGUGUAUGAUGAUGGUGUGUCUAAUGAUAAUAGAGGCAUAGCAGCAAGUUUGAUUGAAAAAAUGGAGAAUUAUCAAUUUGUGUUUGUGAUGUAUUUGAUGAGCCGUUUGUUGGGAAUAACAAAUGAGUUAUCACUUGCUUUACAACAAAAGAAUCAAAAUGUUGUUCAAGCAAUGUGUUUGAUUGAAGCUGUAAAGGCUCGGCUUCAAGACUUAAGGGAGACAGGAUGUGAGGCAUUUUUGGAGGAAGUUAGCUCUUUUUGUGGAAGAAACUCAAUCCCAGUGCCUAAUAUGGAGGAAAAUAUGCGAAUUCGUGGUCGUUCUAGACGGGAAGGGCAAGUCAUUACUCAUUGUCACCAUUACCGUGUUGAAAUUUUAUGCGAGGUCAUUGAUUUGAUUGCACAAGAAAUGCAAAACCGUUUCCCAGAAACAAGCACAGAAUUACUUCUUCUUCUGUCAUGCUUUGAUCCAAGGGACUCAUUCUUCAAAUUCAACAUUCAAAAACUACUUCGUCUUGCAGAACUUUAUCCCGAAGAUUUUACAAUGGCUGAGCGCAUGAAACUUGAGGAUCAACUUGCUACUUUUAUUUAUGAUGUGCGGCAUGAUGCAAAUUUUAUAAACGUUGGGGACUUGGGAGGUUUUGGUAGGAAGAUGGUUGAGACAGGCAAAAGUAUUAUUUUUCCACUCAUUUAUCGUCUUAUCGAGUUGGCAUUGGUUUUACUAGUUAUGACAGCUAGUGUUGAGAGGGUGUUUUCAGCGAUGAAUAUUGUGAAAACUGACUUACGCAAUAAAAUGGGAGACGGGUUAAUGAAUGAUAGCCUGGUUGUCUAUAUUGAGCGGGAGAUUUUUGCAACUAUAGACAAUGAAGCGAUUCUACAACGUUUUCAGAAAAUGCAAACUCGGCGAAUGAAGUUACCUCCUCUUAGUCUUAGCCACAUGCCUCACAUUUCUGGCACGAACACUGGCAUCGGUUCUAGUUCAAGCAUGCAUAAAUAG